CCAUGGGCCAGGCCAUGCAGGCCACGCUCAUGCCGUGCGUGCAUGACCCAGCGACGCCUCGCUCGCCCAACGCUUCGGUGUGCUCCGGCCAUGUCUACCGGCCUGCAUCGAACAACCUGGAAAGCUGGAACGCGACAAGCGAUCGGAUAGCACCAGGGGUCGUGUGGCUCGUCAUGGCGGAGCACCACCAACACACAUGUCACCCACACACCGCCGGCCGCCUUGCAUCACGCCGCGCCUGUGCACGGUGUUGGCGCUGCUCGGCAGUGAGAUGCUGCACGCCCGAUUGGGCGCGCCUUGCACAGAUCGCGCUCCACCUCCACUUGCACAAUCGAACGCCCUUCGCUCUCCGACGCGGUGUAUCCGACGGCGUGCACAGACUGCUUUGGUAUCUGCUGGAACAAUUGCUGAUCCUCGCCAUGUCUUGUUGUUGAUCAGACAAGAAACUCGCGUGUGGUGUGGGCAAGGGUGUGGGGCGGUCUUGGCGACCCCGAGGGGCAAUGUGAUGGGGCCCACUACCCCCGGAGCUGGCUGGAGGUCUGGAUGCAUAAUCAAACAGCACCGGCGGGAGGGCGACGACAAGCAUUGCUUGUCCAAUCAAACGGUUGAUCAUCUCGGAUAUCAUCAUCAUUGUGGGGCAGAGGAGGUGCGGUAUUGGCUGACACUAUCCGACUUCUCAGCUCGCUAGUGGCCGAGACCAGGACAGGACAGGAACAGACCAUCGAUCGACAUGUCUCAGCGCUCUACAGCUUACCGAGCGCCGUCUUGACCUCAUCAGUGUCCUUGACGUCGUCCCAGCGAGGGCGCGCCAGAUCGUACCCCCUGGUUGUCAGCGCUGAGCAGUACCUACAUAGCACGUGGGGCCAGGCGCCCGCUCCAUAUGGCGGAGUAGGGCCGCUACAGCCGUGCUGC